GUAGAAGGAAGCACCUUCAAGCAAAGAGCCACCAGAGUGCAGCUGGAACCAUUGCCAUACACACUCUUCUCCCACCUCUCUGCACCCCUCCCCUCCACUGGAGCUGCUGCCAUGGUUGCCAGGCAUGGUUGCUAAGUCUCUGCAUGGAAGGGUUGGCGUGGGCUGUGCUGCCACUAACAUUACCAUGGUGAAUCAGGGGACACCUGGUAUAGGCUUGGGGGGGAGGGAUCACGUGGAUGUAAGCAACACCCCCUGCCCCUGGGACAGAAUGAGCGUAAAAGGUGAGCAUCUUGAGCACCACUUCAGGUUGGGGGGGCUAAGUGAGCUAGGCAUUGUUGUAGUGGUGGUGAUGGGGAGCUCCACACUGGGAAAUCGGGGCCACUUUUAGCAUUUCAGUUGCUAGGGGACUGGUUUUGCCAAGGGAACACACCAUUCCUCCUCCAUCCCUUCUGAAAGGGUGCAAAUGCAUAAGUACCUUAGUCUGUCCUCCAUAAGGCUGAGCAGAGCUGUGUGGGCACAGAACAGUAUGACCCCCAAAUCCUGGCUUUUGGAUUGCGGGAGAGAGCCUGCUGCGAGGAGAGGGCUCCAUGGGUGCCCAAGGACAAACAGCUAGCAUAGGAACGUGGGACAGUUUGGAUGGCCAAGACAGACUCCUGUGUCCGACCAGCAGCGCUGGGCUGCAACACUGAGAGGUCGCCGCGCCCCUCCUCGACAGCCCAUGGACUUCCAAGCCAGCCACUGGGCCCGCGGGCCCCAGAGCCGCACGUGAGUGAAGGAGGGGUGACGGGAAGAGAGUGGUGGGGCGGGGAGUGGGGUCCGGACCUCCCCGCAGGCACCAGCCAGUGCUGCUGGACCCCGUUCUCUUUCCCACGCCUCCCCCUACCCCAUCCCGAGGGCUGGGGCCUGACUCUUCCCCGCAUUGUUUGGGGGGGCAGGAGUGGGUGUGAGAAAGGGCAGGAGGUGAGAUGGGGCAGACGCUGUUAAAGUGUGCAUGGAGAGAUGGCGCGGAGUCCGGCUUCGACUUCAGCCCUAACAUAUACGCACGUGCACACACGCACACACUCACACACACCCCUCCACAUGGCUGCCCCAAAUGGCCUCCAGUGCUCCCAGCUCCCCGGACCUCGGCUCCCUUCCCCCACAAACUGCUCACCUGGGUUCCUGCUCAUUGUCCCAGGUGUGGGCCGCGCCCGGGAUCCCCUGAGCCGCCGCCCCGCCGUCCCUGGGCCUCCAGGGUGCUGCAGGAGGCGACCAACUGGCGGGCGGGGCCCCCGGCCGAGGCCCGAGCCCGGGAGCAAGAGAAAAGGAAAGCAGCGUCGCAGGAGCGGGAGGCCAAGGAGACCGAGCGAAAAAGGCGCAAGGCUGGUGGGGCCCGAAGGAGCCCCCCCGGUCGGCCCCGCCCGGAACCUCGGAGCGGCCCUCGGGUGGCCCAGCCAGUAGGGCCCCCAGCUCCUUCUCGACCCGAGCGCCUGGGGCCGGCGGGGCGACCGCCCCGUCCAUCCGCGCAGCCGCAGAGCGACCCAGGGGCGGCGUGGGCGGGGCCCUGGGGAGGUAGGCGGCCAGGGCCCCCCAGCUACGAGGCUCACCUGCUGCUGAGAGGCGCAGCCGGGACAGCCCUGCGACGACGCUGGGACCGCCCGCCACCCUACGUGGCUCCACCUUCUUACGAAGGCCCCCACAGGACCUUGGGGUCCAAGCGAGGCCCCGAGCCCCCCCAGGCGCCGGCCCCCGCCGCCUCUGCUCCGACUCCGGCCAGGACAGAGGGAGGGUGCGCCAAGAAGAGGCUGGACCCUCGGAUCUACCGGGACGUCCUCGGGGCUUGGGGGCUCCGGCAGGGGCGGGGUCUCCUGGGGGGAUCCCCGGGCUGUGGAACGGCCGCGCCGAGGCCGGAGGCCGGCAAGGGCGCCGCCGAGAGAAGCCUGGGGCCGGCGGCCGCUGGCCUGAGUGCUGGGAGCGACGGCCGUCCCCAAGCCAGAGCUGCCGGGAGCCCGAGCGCCCAGACGGCUCCCGCGGGGUCGGCCCCCGCCGCGCGCAGCCCCCCGCGGCCCGCCCCCAGGGCCAGGCCCCGGCUCAAGGGCUCCGAGGAAGGGAAAGAAAACAGGGAACAGAGCUGGCUCCCCAAAUGCUGGGUUCCCUCCCGUAAAAGGCAGCCGCCCCGACAGAGCCAGACCCUCCCCAGACCCUGGGCUCCAGGAGGCACGGGCUGGAGCGAAUCCCCGGGUCUCAGAGCGGGGGCAGGACCCUCAGAGGGUGGGAAGGGGACCCGCCGCGCCCACACCCUGCCCCGCAGCGCCCGCGGCCCUGCGCGCGGAGAAGGCGUCUUUGUCAUUGACGCCACGUGCGUGGUGAUCCGGUCGCAGUAUGUUCCGACCCCUCGAACCCAGCACGUACAGCUCUUGCCCGCCGGGGUGCCGCGCGCCGCGGGGGAUGCCCCCAGUCCUCCGGGGCCCAGCCAGGAGGAGGGCGAGGGAGCCGCGGCCCUGCCCUCGCCUUGCCAAAAACUGCUCCCGAGCAGUCGCCCGUCACACCAGCUCGGUGGGGGGCGCGGGUUCGAAGCCGAGGGCGGGAAGCCGGCGGACUCCUCCUUGGAGGAGCGCGCCUCCCGCAUCUUGGGGCUCCCGGUGGGCGAAGUAAACCUCCGGGACGCCCCCGCGCAGCCCGGUAGCCCGGAGCGCUCGGCCCUGGGCCCGGCGGCUUCGGGAGGCGCGGCCCCCGCCGAGGGCCCGGAGGGAGUGGCGGCGGCCCCCCGGCGCGCGGGCCGGGGCUGGGCGCGGACCCCGGGGCCGUACGCGGGGGCCCUGCGGGAAGCCGUGUCCCGCAUCCGCCGCCACACCGCCCCGGACUCGGACUCGGACGAAGCUGCGGAGCUCAGCGUCCAGAGCGGCUCCUCCGAUGGAAGCGACACAGAAGCCUCGGGCGCCUCCUGGCGAAAGGAGCCGCCCCGGCCCGGCGAUGGCGGGAAGACCGCUGAGCUGAGCGACAGUGUCCGAGAUAUCCUAGAUGUCAUCAGCCGAACCGAGGAGGCCCUCUUCGGGACGAGGGACACUAAGGGGGUCCCACAGGGAAACAGGGAGCGGCAGUGACAGGCCCUUUCUUGUAUUUGUGUUCCCCACCUUUCCAUCCUUGGGGCCACCGGUCCUCUUUCUUCCUCACUUCCUUGUAAUCCUUACACCAUAGUCAUUCCCAUUCUUGAAAUAGAAGCCGCCCAAAUGAAAGGAAAGGGAGCAUAUGCCAGUCCAUGAUUUAUUUCUCUUUUCUUGUGUCUUCUUUUCUUUCUUCCUUUCUUUUUCAGGAGGGUGAGGAUGAGCAGUAGACUUUAAUAAUGCCUGUCCAUUCAGGGCACUGGGGUAAGGUCUUCAGCAGAGGCCGGUGCACUAGGCGUGGAGCGGAGCAGAGUGGCCUCGCCGGGUUGAGGCAGGAGGGCCGUGAUGGUGUAGUCAUAGGGCAACUUUAGGGCAGGGUCUUGGGGCUGGAGGGAGACAGGCUUCUGACUCAGGUGACCAGGUGACAUAGAGGCCUCUUCUUGGCAGAAGAGGAAGGGAUCCAGAGGCAACCAGCAAAACAGGAAGAGGGCUCACUUUGGUGUUACAAGUCUUGGGUUCCGAUCCCAAUGCUGACCCUGACUUGCUGGGUGACCUUAGGCAAGUCACUUCCCUCCUCCAGGCCUCCUAGUAUGUAGGGAGGGUUAAGUUCAUCCCUGAUGUUUUAGAUCCUUGGCGGAGGCUCUCAUCUCACCCUCUCCUCCACAGGCCAAGAAAGAAAAUUAGGAAUAAGUGAACAGACUCUGAGGGUCCCUCAGAUGGCUUCACUGUCACCUGCACUCAUUCUCAGUAUUCAAGAGACUGUCCAGGGUUUGCAGAAGAUCUGAGCAAGUGGGUAAGGGCUUCUAUCCCAAUCUCUUUAGGUUUAGGUGAGGGCUCCUCGAGGCAGAGAAGGAUGGUGGCCUUGUCACUGUCCCUGGCCUGUGGUGGUCCAAGCUGGGGAGGGAAGGCAGCCAGUGAAUCAGCUUGGGACCUCCAUGGCCUUCCUCCUUUCCCUCCUCCCCAGUGUUCCUUAGUGAUCCUCUGAAUCGUACCACGAUUUCUCACCCCGGUGGUAUCACUCAUCUGAAAGAACCCCGAGAAUUUCUUGCAUCUCUGCCUCUUCCAGAAACCUUGGCCAGGGAAGGAAGGCGGAGAUUGGGCCCCCAAAGCCUGUAGGGGUGGGAUGUGAUACUCGCUGUAGCCACUACGGGGCGCGCGCAGGUCGCGGAUUUCCCCGGUAGCUCCUUCCCGAGUCCCCCCCCUACCCGGGCACCGCUAGUUAACCAGAUACCCAGUUACUGCGCGCGGGUCCCCCGCCUUGCCACCUACUGCCGUGCGAGGUCGGGGGCAGGCCUCUGGCCUCCUGGACCUCUGCAGCGCGCGGAGCCCCUCUUCGUACUCACCCACGCCACCCGGCUUGGGACCCGGACGCUGGAGUCUCUCUUUCUCUCCGGAUCUUGGACAGUUCUGUCUCUAUUUACUAGCCAUGUGAAUUUGGCCAAAUCACUUCACCUCCCUGAGCCUCAGUUUCCUCAUCUGUCAAAUGGGGGUUUAUAAACACCUACCUCGCAGGGUUGUUGUGAGGAUUUUAUGCGAUAAUGUAUGUAAAGCGCCUUGUACAGUGCCUGGCACACAGUAGGCGCUCAAUAAAUCUAAGCUUCCCUUUGUCCAA